AUGGGGACCAUGUCCACCAAGACGCUAUCGUCGGUACUCGCGGUACUCGCGAUUGCGAACAUCCUUGUCUCUGUCUAUCUCUGGACCGUCGAAUGGGAGAACAGGCCCUACACAUACACUCUGGACGAUUAUCCGGAGCAUCUUCCGCUGUCAAACCCGAAGCCUCCAGUCGCACUUGUGAUGGAGGAAUCUGAGCAUUAUGGCAUCUCGCAUCCAGACGCCCGCGAGGAAUGGGCGACAACGACGGCGACGGGCUUCGGCUAUGUGCGUCUCGGGCCUGAUCGUCGCGCGUUCGCAUUGUCCAUGUUCCAUCAGCUGCAUUGUCUUCGGCUUCUGCGAGCAGGCCUGGAUGGGGAUUAUCGACCACAGAUACAAGGUCAUUUCAGGCAUUGUUUGAACUAUCUGCGACAGAUGAUUCUCUGUCAACCUGACCUGACCUUGGAGCCGCACAACGUUAUCGAUCACGAUCCUAUGAUGAAGGGGCCUACAUCUGUGCACGUUUGCUCUGACUGGCGUGAAGUGUACGAUGCCGUGGAGGAUAACUACGCAGCAUGGGUACAAGAGCGUCCCGCCUUGGCCAACCAGACGAACAAGCGCGGUUUACAAUGA